UCAGUAUCACUUUUACGAGAAAGCCUACUGUUGGCUCUUCUCGGAUCGGUGUAUGCCUUUUAAAUAAAAACCCCAAGAAAAAUCAAAUACCUUCAAUCCACAACAUGCUAAUGAGUUUAAAUUCCAUUAAAAUAUCUCAAAACCAGUGCAGUGGAUUCAAUAUACGAAAUAAAUUACACAACACAAGACAUUUACAUUCUUGAUUGUGGAAUAAAGUUUUUAGUUCAAUAAAAUAUAAUAAAAUUGAGGAAAGGGAGGUGUACACAUAAGAUUGUGCAAUAGAGUGAAACAAAAUGCCAGGCAAAGGUGGGAGAAAGGGUAACAAGGCGGGUCACACUCACGGCAAACGCACCGAAGUGACAUCCGAUGAUGAGUCAAGUAAUAACGAUACCGCGAGUAUCACAAGCGGUCAAUCAGACAACAGGAGUUUACUAGCUGAUGACGUUAAUGACAACGAGAUUGAUGAGCUCAGCCAGCAAGAGGUUUUCGAGGAGAAGCUGAAGGAAGCGAUCGAUGGCCUCUCCCAGAAGAGCGCCAAAGGGAGAGUCUCGUGUUUUGUCGGGAUUGAGAAGAUAUUUGCCCUGAAAUAUGUACCGGAUUUUGUUGAGGACAGAAAAAUGACCAUCACUGAUUGCAUUGAGAGAGGCUUGAAGAAAGGAAGAGGAGAUGAGAGAUCGACAGCUGCCAGAUUGGGAACACUUUUGUGUGUACAACUUGGGGCCUUCGAAAGUGCCGAGGCCGUUUGUAGAGACCUCAAAUCAACUCUUAUGUUCAUUGCCAAUGAUAACACUGCCUCGACUCAAGCCAGAGCUGAGUGUUGCUGGGCCCUGAGUAUGAAUCAAUUUUUUUCCGGUAAUGACGCCAGUGAUACUGUAGAAAUUGUCCAUCUGCUGUCAUCAAUCUUUGCUGGGUCAUACCUAAAAGGAAACGGAGCGAUAGCUACAGUUUCACCUGAUCUCGCAAGUCUACAUGCCGCUGCCCUGUCUGCCUGGACUCUUCUCUUGACUGUCAUGACACCUUCGGACAUUUACAAUUUUUUGGCAAGCAGUAAAUCCAAUAAUUUCAUGCCGUCGUUUGAUCGAUUGAGACAAUUGCUUGAGUCACCUCAUCUCGAUGUCAGAAUGUCAGCUGGUGAGGCACUGGCUGUCCUCUUCGAAUUGGGACGAGAUUUUUCUGAUGACUACGAACAGGAUUGGGCACUUGAUUUGGUGGAUGUACUCAAAGAACUUGCGACUGAUUCUAAUAAAUACAGGGCUAAAAAAGACAGGAAACAGCAGAGAGCCAGCUUCAGGGAUAUUCUUCGUUACAUCGAGGAGGACAUAACACCCGAAAUGCAAAUAAGAUUUGCACAGGAGACACUUUAUCUCGAGGGCUGGUGCUCCAGAAUUCAAUACAACGCAUGCUGUCGUCUCCUAGGACCUGGUAUAAACAUCCAUUUGGCCGAAAAUUUACUUCUCCGCGAGAUAUUUCAUCUGGGUAACCGAGCAGUUCCAAUGUCAUCCCACAAAUCAACAAAACGUGAGAGAACUCUGAUGAAUGCUGCUGCAUUUAAAGCACGUACCAUUCAACGUAAUAAAAAUCGUGACAAACGUUCGGCAGCUAUGGCACAAUAAUUAGGUCUCUUUCCUCAAUAUUAUUUUGUCUUUUCUUAGCCCACUAUUCACUCAUCACACAAUUUAUUUGAUUAUCAAUGAGAAAAAAAAAUCUAUGUUACAAUAAUUGCACGACAAAACUAUUUGUAUUGGCUAAAAAAAUUGUCAAAUAUUUUUCGCUGGUCGCAAAAUAGUUCAAGUGUAAAUAAUAUGUAUUUUCGUCGAUAAAUUUUCACUUCAAUUAUCAUGACCGAUUGCCUAUUUUUUCAGUCGAAUGGAAUAUUUAUUUGUACGAUGUAACACGAUAAUUGUCGAUUAAUAUUGAUAAACAAGGAACAGUUCAUUGAAUUAUAGUAUAUUCUGAUAUCGACGACGUAGAAAUGAUUUGAUAGGUUAACUUACUGUAACGUUUUACACUAGAUACGUAGCUUUGCUGUUGAAUUUUAAAUAUUGGUAUUUAUUUUCUGGGAAUAUUAAAAAUUAAAAACUUGAUUACAUUUCGUAAUUGAUGUAAUUUAAAUAUGAUAAUUAACUGUAAUAAAAUAAUAAUCAAGGA